AGAAGUAGUCAAUCGCAGAGGCCUCCUCCACAAAUUCUCCCCUGUUUGUGUUUAUAUGUGUUUUUUAACUAAUCUUUUUUGAGGGUAACUGUCAAGCCCUAUCCCAAAGAGCAAGGACCAAAGAGCAAAAAUAAUGUACGCGUUCGUGCGUUUCUUGGAGGACGACAUGUGCUACGCGUUACCUGUGUCAGACGUGAAAGAUUUUCAGCCUGUGCACAAAAGAGAUUUUGAUAACCAGAAGGUGUAUGUGGUGCUGAGAGGCACAGGCCAGCCUGCCAAAGCACACAUCCUCGCCCUGGCAGAAAGUAUUGAGGAAUUUGAGCACAGUAUUAUGCAAAAGAAGAUGAAAACACCCAAGAUGUCAAACAGAAACACAGUGGAGAAUCACUUUGGGGAGGAGCGAAUGCCUCUUAGACAUAAAAAGGUUCAGUCACAGGAACAACAGCGGGCCAGCUCCAACUCCUCAAAGAGCCUGGCCGCAGUGGUGGCACGGCUGGAGAGGAAUGCCGUCAACUCAUGCAUGGAAGGAGAGGAGCUGGACAGACUCACAACAGAGAAAGAAGAGGAGCAGGGCGAAGCUGUGGUGCCUCGCGUGCUGUACGAGGAGCUGGUGCACAGCUACAGGCAACAGGAAGAGGAAAUGAGACGGCUGCAACAGGAACUGGAGCGCACACGCAGGCAGCUGCUGCAGCAAGCCAAAAAACUUAAGGAGUACGGGAGUCUGCUGACCGAAGUCAAGGAGCUGCGUGACUUUAAUCGACGUUUGCAGGAUGUCCUGCUCAUGAGGCUUGGCAGCGAGCCAAUGCAUGACAAUGGCACACAGACAAUCAAAUCAGAAGUGGUGGAGCCAAUAAGUGAGCCACAGGAUGUGUGUCAAGAGGAAGCCAAUACUAGCUCCACCCACUCCCCUUCCCCGAGGACCGUCUACACCUUCAAUGAUGGCAAAGUGCACUUGGGCGGGGGGAUUUGGGUGGAGGAGGAGAAGUGGCACCAGCUACAACGGACACAGGGAGACUCGAAAUUCACCAAAAACCUGGCAGUGAUGAUCUGGGGCACGGAAACCCUGAAGAACCGCAGCGUGACUGGCGUCGCUACAAAGAAGAAGAAAGAUGCCCUACCCAAACCACCACUCUCACCAAGCAAGCUCAAAAUUGUCAGAGAGUGUCUCUAUGACCGUGUGUCUCAAGAAACGGCCGACAGUGCAGAGAUCACCCAGCGAUUAUCCAAAGUGAACAAAUACAUCUGCGAAAAGAUCAUGGAUAUCAACAAAUCUAUCAAGAACGAGGAACGGCGAGAGUCCAAGCUUCUCAUCCAACAGACAGUGAAAAUGGAAAACUUCCCUUAUGACGGCCUGUAGGGGUGUACUGAAGUUGUCACCAUAGCUCAUUCUGUUCCUCAAGGACUUCUGUUGGAGAAGGUGCACAUAAUCACCGGCGCUGCCAACUGAGAUUUUCACUGAUGCCCUCCUAAGACCUUUCUGUCUUUUACUCUCAUAGACUCUGUUUUACAGCUUGUCUGACAGCUUUACCUCUCUCCACACUGCCUUAGCAUGCUGAUGUGCAUUCUGUGAGUGAAUGGGGCAGGGUGGGGCGUAAUUUUGUAAACUUUGGGGAAUCCGGGAUGGGUUGAAUAUCACGCAUGUUAAACAGGAGUGAUCCUUUUAAAUCGUGUUCGAGAAAAAUGUGUUUGGCACAUCAGCUUGUGUUCUGUGUCAGAACAUGUCCUAAAAUGUACUAAAGAAAAGGUUUUCCUUCAGAAGAAGUCUUCUUAUUUCAGGAGGAUAUUUAGGAGGUGUUAUAAAUGCUGGCUUAGACUUGGAGUCUUAGAGGAGGUUGGUCACUUCAUAGGGACCAUCUGCUAAAGGUACUUAACAUAGAGAGUUGCAAUGAUGCACUUUUAAACAGGGUCGCGCCCUGCAUCGUCUUAAUGAAUGAUUGAUUCAAUUAAUCAAUCUAGGCCCAAUUGCUCCCAUUAAUUGCUUUCAUGAAAAGACUACUGAUGGCCUGUUCUUGUUCUUGAUGGUUGUUAGGGAUACAGAGGUCCCGUGUAGUCAAUGAUGCUAAACUAUUGUCCUCAAAAAUGGAUUAGCGACAUUUCCUUGGAGAUCAGCCGUGAACAGGCAAAGAGAUCACAUUUAAAAUUUAAAUUCGGAUAUUCCCAGAUGUACACCUAUGGUGUUCCCUUUUGUUGACUUUUUUUGAGCUAAUAUGCUGCCUUCAAGUCCUGCUGGGAAUUUCUACAAGUACAGAAGUCGUUAUUACGAUGAGACGUGUGUUCAAAUGAUUUGGGUCAGAACAAAAUCAAUGUGUUCUGCAAAGUUUUCCCACUGGUUAUUCCGACAUUGUUGAGGCUUUUAUGUGUGCUGAUCUUAUAAAUACAAUCAUUUUGAUAUGACUUGGAAGACAGCAAUGGACAGAGAGAGUAGAGUAUUUCAUUGCCAUAUGUGCAAGGCCUUGUCCCAAAUGGAGCACUUAAUAGCCACACGGUCAGCCCAAAUGAGGGCAUGCUAGUGCAUGCCAGGGCAAGUUGCAUUCCCACUGUCACUUCCGGGACUUCAUCGUACAUCCUCUGGGCUUCCUCGGAGCCAACCAAAUAUCCUUGGGCCAAAGAAAGCCAACUAGGGACUGAGGUCAGGUCAGUGUCAAAGGCAGAGUUUCACUGAGUCAGGUCAGAGGUAGUAGCACCAAGAUACUCAUUUCCCAAUUUUUCAUAUCUAACAACCAGCUUACAGAGAAUUGUCAGUACUGGUCAGUAGGCAAAAUCAGGGCUCUUUUGAAUAUUUGGGCUGAUGAAAAUGUGCAACAUCAGAAUGCGACGUCUGCUGAAACGAAGACGUGAUUAAUUAUAUUGUUGCCAGACUUGCUAGAUUGUGUAUCCAGUGCACAACGGUACAGGUUUGAGAAAAAUGAAAAAAAAAAUUGCGGGCACAGUUCAAAUCUUUGUUAAUUUCAAGGGCUAGCUAGUCUCCAGAGUCUGAUAUCUCAGCUUGAGUUUCCCUCUUCCCUCUUGGGCAGGCUGUGUGAUGUUGGCACCAAAGUGGCAUAUUAAGGGCAACGGGUUUUAGGGCAAUGCUGCAUGGCUAUUUGUCCGAUGGUGAGAAUGCAGAUUGAUUUUGAUCUUGUGGCUCAGUGUCCAAGACUAUUUGCCCCGUCUGACCAAUUGAUUGCCCUGGCCCGAGAGUGGAAAAGCAGCUUUGUGAAGUCUACAAGGCUGUACUGUGACGUGUUAUGAAUCUAAAGGAUGUUCACAAGUGCUUUGCGCCCUUUUGCUGAGUUUGCACCAAUACAGACUCUGCAUAGGACUAAUAUUUGACAUUUUGUAUGACAUAACGUCCCCAAAAUGUUGAAUCAGAUUAGGACCGCUAGGGCUUAGAGCGGCAUUUGGGACAGGGCCAAAGUAAAAUGUUUGUGCUUGUGCUGAUAUUGUGUUGUAUACAAAAGCAACAGAGACAGUACAAUAAAUAUAGCCUAAAGUAUAACAUAAGUGUCUUGUACACAAAAAGGAACACAUCCAAUUUGAUUUUAGUGAACUUGAUGAACUAACAACGGAACAGGAGUUAUUGUAUUAUCAGGUCUACGGAGAUGGUGACCACUUAAGACCUUUUACCAGCCGUAAAUUACACUUGGGGCUGAGGGUAAGUGGAAAUCAGAGCUGGGCUGCAGGGGCUUUUUCCAGCUGGCAAUCAUUGGGAACUGUGUUCUCUGUUUUAUAGCAAGCUGUGAUUGUAAUAUGAGCUGAUAUUGCUUUAACUGCACUUUUCUGUGUGAGUGUGGAGAGAUGCCAGGCGCCGUGUGUGGACGCGAGGUAAAACUGUCAGCAGCACUCAGUGUUACACACAUUAACCUCUUCCUCCAGGCCAGACAAACCACAGGGUCUCAGCUCAAGCCCACCUGUAGAGGGCGCACUCAUUAGGGGAGGAAAUAAGAUAUCGUGACAACUUGCAUUGAGUCAUGCCAUCUACACUUUAGGUCUUUGUCUCCCCUGAAUGUACCUUGUCUUUUUUUUUUCUUUCAUCGCAUACUUUUUAUUUGACUUGUCGGCGUAACAAAAAAAGAAAAAGCCGGCUCCUGCAGAUUUGGGGUGUUGACUGUGAUGCCAUAUUGCUAACUGUGAAUUAACCACAGAUCUGCCACACAUGCUUCCCUUUCUCUUUCUUUGUUGGGUUAAUUUAGCUUUUUUAAUUUAUUUUUUUUUAGAGUACAUUUAUUGGUAGGGAGAAAUUUUCAAUGUAUAUUUGGAAUAUAUUCUCAUGUUUUGGACAUUUCAUCAUUUGUAUCCAGGCUGCACCUUAUCUCACUAAG